AUGUACUUGUGGAAUCCCAGUCUCGCGCUGACUGAAAAGGUGAAAUGCAGGGAUCCCGAUAACGAAGGCUGCGCCCGAUGCAUUCGCCUGGGGAAGUCGUGCACAUUCAGUACUGUCAAGCAUCGAGGCGACCACAUACAGACGGCAAGCAUCAACAAGGAUACACCGCACCAGCACUCGCUGGACUGGCUGAACUCGUUGCCUCCGUCAGCGUUGUCGAGCUGCAGAGACGAACAUGAGGAGCCUGAGGACAAUCCCGCUUCUUCACUGCCAGAUCUCGGGGAUGGCCAUGGCCAUGGAAAUGUAAAUGACAUCCCCCCGACUUUCGACCUGUCUUUUCUCGCCAACUUCGACCAUGAGCCGAGCGAUCCAGGCGGCGAGGACUCCUCCAGCUUUGCUCUCUUCUCCGCCAUCUUACCCAGCAGCACGCAUCCCGAGCCAGAGCCCAUCUCGCUCACCAGGAUGUCGGGGACAUUCCUCGCACCACCACUCAGCUCAGAGGACGAGUCCCAACGCUACCUGCCCCCCAUCGGCCAUACUCACCCGCAAGACCCGUCCCUCUUCGACAUCUGCAUCGCCACGCCCGCAUUCCUACACACAUCCACAUCCACAUCCACAUCGUUCCCCUCCAGGCCGACCGGCCAGCCAUGUGGUUGCCUCGCGGCCGUCGUCUUUGCCGUCGAGCAAUUCGAGGCGAGCUGCCACGGCCACCGCGCUGAGCUGGACUCCAUCGUCGCAUACCAGAAGGAAGCCAUCGAACGCUGCCGCGCGCAGCUCGAGUGCAGCAGCUGCAUCACCAGGAGGGAGACCCUCGUACUGGUGGUCUUCCUGCUCGAGAAAAUCGUUGCGGCCUGUGGUCGGAUUGUCGGGCUGUACCGUCUGAAAGACGUACAACUCCACCUACCCUCCUCGUCGCGGUUCAACGGUGAUCGGAGUCUAGAUAUUGGCCUGGCUACGGCCAAGGCUGACUGGCGCGAACUCCUCCUGGGCGACUAUGAAAUUAGCUCACCCCUGGAAUGGGAGCAUCUGGUCCACGUGCUUAUCUUUCUCCAACUAAGGGCGGCAAGGGAGCUGUUGAUGGACGUGAAGAGCAUGGAGAGUGAGGUGCUGGGAGAGACGCUGAUGGCGAGCCUCGCACAGGCGCAGAUACGGCUCGGCGAACUUGAGAAAGAUAUGGUCACUCCGUAG